AUGUCAGAUAUCAGACCGAGCUCAUUCUCUCAGCUCACUCAACCGGAGUUCAUUCGACAAGAAACGGCUAAAGUGGUCAUCGGCGGAGUCAGCACUGGGAUUGUUGGGAUGACGAUCGGCUCGUUGUUGGCAGUCCAGAAGAACCUCCCUGCUACCGUACCAGGACUGACGAUGUGCAUAAAAACGUCCAGCUUUGGGACCGCUUUCUUUGCUCUGAGACAAUUUGUGGUCAAUCCGAUCCUCCAAAUCAAUCGAAUCCCAACUACCUCAUCCUCCAGCAGUCAUCAUUUCUAUGGCCUCUUACCUACUGGAAUAUCAGCUGCCAUGGUCGGUGGCUCAGUGAAUGGCUACUUACGUGGAAGACAAGUGAUUGGACGAAGUAGUUUGACGACUGGACUAGUAUGUUGCACGAUCCAAGUCGUCUACAACGAGCUCGGGAUCCUGAAGCGGGCGAUCUUCGAUUCGAGUGGGGAGACCAGUAGGACGGGUCCGGAGAGGCCCGUGUCGCCGGCCUGGUGGGAGGCCUGGAUUCCGCUCUCGAAGAUCUCGGACCAGGAAUGGAAACAACGGCUCUCGCUCCAGCUCGCCGAGAACGAGCUCCAACUCAGCACCCUCAACCGUCAGAUCGACCAGCUCCAAAAGGCUGUCUCCAAUCAUCCCAAGCACUCUCCACCCAAAUAA